GCUAACUCAUCGUGUAUCUUUUAUUUCGCCAUACAGUGAGUGAUGGCCCUGCGUCUGAGGAGCAGCAAGGAUGUCAAGAAGAGCUCGUACUACGUUUGGUACCUGGGCGCGAGGGAGGCCAAGGGGGUGGACGCGAUGCCCGGUGCCAUAGCUUACCUGCUCGAACGAGAACGGCUUCAAGAACCUUUCAAGGUCACGCUACAGGUGAGCAGUAAGGGACUGAAGAUUAUACAAACGGUUCAUCCAGGCGGCUCGACGAGGUCAGCUGUGAAGCAUUUGGUACCAGGACACGCUGUGCUUGCGGCGGUGCAACGGGAGGAUGUCGUUGCGGCCACUCUUCUGCUUCCAAAUCCGGCCACCAACAAUCCCGUCCACGUGCACGUGUACAGAUGUGAUUCCGUCGAAACAGCCGAAUUGUUGGGCGGUCAGUUGAAGGCACUCGCCUCGCACACCGAUAAUUUGGCCAGGGUCACCUCGUUGGAAGGUAGAGUGCGCAGUAAUUUGGGCAGCGAUGGCCGAAGUACCAGGGAAUCGGAGUCGUCUGAAGGCAGUGGUGAGCUCAGACACGAUCCGGUUCAAACUACCACGAUAUACGAGUCCUUGGCUGCAGAGUUGCGGGCUAAAUUGGGCAGAGGAAAUUCAGGGGACAAUGACGUGGGUCCUAUACUACUGCCUCCGCGGGAUUAUGAUACCGUGCACAGACAUCGUGGUAAUCUGGCUGGCAUCGAAUUCAGACGAUGCCUGAAUCAAACGAUCGUAGGUGGUAGUACGACGAUUGACAGAGGCGGCACGAGGAGUGCUGCCAGCAGUGGAAUAGGCUCGGACAGUGCUGCUACGCCCCCGCCUUAUCAGAGUCAUCAUCCUUUGGGCCCGAGACCAUCCAGACCUUCUAGAGAUUCCUCCUCCGAUGACGACUGGGGAGCACCGGCAGAGGAGAACGAUUAUCUCCCUGAAUCAGAGACAACAGGAACAAGUUUAACGCUACCGAGAUUACCGAGAAGUCCUGAGAGAUUACCUGUUCAGGUGAACAGAGGUAUAUCUCCGAGUUGCAACAGAAGUCGCCGAGCGGCAGAAUUUAGACAAAGAUCACCGAGCCCUCAAUACCAGCCCAGAAUGAGCCCUGGGGAGGUGACCAGCCCCAGGGAGAGAUUCCAGGAUGCCAAGGAGAUGUUCAGAGCAAUGGAGAGAGAGGCAAUCGCCAGGCCUGUCCUUUCCAGGCAGAGAGAUGUUGAAAGUCAUCCUGCGCACAGGAUCGAGUCGUCCAGGCACAUUCACGAGGAUCAACCGGCUCGUCAGCAUCCAGCGAGCAUCAGUUCAACGACUGCCCAUGAACACCUGAUCAGACGAAAUCAUUCGGAAGUAUCGGAACGGGAGAACGAUAUUUCUUACAGAGCUCGACCACGGCCCCGAACCCAUCAUUAUGCGAUGGAACGCCCACCAGAACAAGAGGUCUCGAGGCCUCGGCCAAGAAGCUUGUACGAAAACCCAACGGUUGGAAGAGAUUUCCGAGAUCAAAGGAACGUCGCUGAUCCGAGAGAAGUUCGGGACUUCCGAGACCGCGCACACGUGAGAGAAAUACGCGAGAAGAUACGCGCCAGGGCGACGACUUAUCAGGAAUUGUCGGAACACGAAAGAUACCCAGGACUCGAUCGCGACAGUGCCAGACCUCCUCUGGAAAUCGUACCCACGCCGAGCAGAUACCGGCACAGCUACGCGGAACCGCCCAGACUCGGCCUGGCCGCUUUACAUCCUUAUUGAGCCAUCGGCUCGUUGUUAACUAAUAAAUUAUUUAAUUAAUCGACGUAUCGUUAUCGUGUCGUAGGAAGUUUGAAACAUCGUCUUCGAGGAAUGCGACCGAUUAAAAGGUCAACGAUUGGUUAUUAUUAAAAAAUAGUUAUUAUUUUUAUAAGAACUUCUCAAGUAUUUUACUUAGAUUUUAAUGAGACUUCCUAGGUCAAAAUAUAAAUUCUGGUUUAGGAAGUUUCACUCCUAUGUGGUCUUAAAGAGGCCUCUAAUUAGACUUUGAAAUCUGAAGAGGAUUCUUCUUGGCAGAAGAGAUUUUUUCAUUCCUAUUUUAUAAUACUCAAACCUCUAGCUGAGUGUUCAAUAAUAAAUGUUUAAAACGAGUUUUUGAUAAACACCGUGGAUAAAGACACUAGAAAUUAAGGUUCCCAGUGAGCAGUGAUAAAAAUGAAUUUCUUUUGUUAAAAUUAAUGUAUUAAUUAGAUCACUGAUUGCUCCAAAUUUAGAUGCAAUUCUUAAGGGACCUUAUGAAACAUAUUUUUUCAAAUAAUAUUCAAUAUUGUACGAGUACCAUGUGUUAUUUCCAAGGUUUUCGUUUGACAAAGAACGAAAGGGUAUCCUUGAAAAUUCAAGGAGGAUUGUAGAUUUUUGCGUACGUCGAUGUCGUCGGCCCUGACCAGUCCAAGACGAAUAAAGAUUGAACAUUUAUUAUUCUUGUAUUUACGAAGCUGCAUUUUGUUGCAUCGUGGACCAAGAUCCUCGAGUCGAGGAUCUAUUUGUUGACUAUUUGAUCGCGACUCCGAGCAUUAUAUUGUUAUCCGCGUCGGACUCCAGACUAACGAUAAUGAUAGGAAUAAUA